UCCGGAGCUCCCGGCGCAGCGCGCGGGCUGCGCGGCCGCGGGCGUUCUCCGUGCGCCGGCCCCGUGGCAAGCCAGGCUUCCGUGGCCGCGUGCUAGGAGGAGGCUGGAUUCCCGGUGGAAGAAUGGAGUUGGCGACUCGCUCGCAGAUUCCUAAAGAAGUGGCUGACAUCUUUAACGCCCCCAGUGAUGAUGAAGAGUUCGUUGGUUUCCGAGAUGAUGUUCCCAUGGAAACCCUCUCAUCAGAGGAGAGCUGCGAUAGUUUUGACUCGCUGGAGUCAGGGAAACAGCAGGAUGUGCGCUUCCAUUCCAAAUACUUCACUGAAGAGCUAAGAAGAAUUUUUAUAGAGGACACUGACUCAGAGACAGAAGAUUUUGAAGGAUUUACGCAGAGUGAUCUGAAUAUAAACAGUAACCCAGAAGGAAAGUGCGACGAGUCAGAUUUGAAUGAUGAUGAUAAAGCAUCGUUAGGGGAUGAGGAAGAGGAAGAGGAAGAAGAAGAAAAGGCAGCACCUAGAAGAAGCAGGCCUAGAAGAAGUAGUAUUGGUCUUCGAGUAGCCUUGCAAUUCCCCGCCAAGAAACUGGCAAAAAAAUCCGAUCAAAACAGUUGUUCUGAGCCGCUGUUUUCCAGCUCCCACUUACAGGACAAUAAAAAAGCAAUUCUUGGGAGAAAGAAAAGCUGUAGACAGGGGAAGGAAAGGGAAGAUUCUGCCUCUGAGUCUGAGGAUGACUCCAGGGAUGAGGGCCAGGAGACCUCGGACGCGCUGCUGAAAAGGACCAUGAACAUCAAGGAGAACAAAGCCAUGCUCGCGCAGUUAUUGGCGGAACUGAACUCCAUGCCAGAUUUCUUCCCCGUGCGCACCCCAAGCUCGGCUUCUAAGAAGAAGACUGUGAGGCGGGCCUUCUCCGAGGGGCAGAUCGCGCGGCGGAUGAACCCCACCCGCAGCGCACGGCCGCCCGAGAAGUUCGCAUUGGAGAACUUCACGGUCUCAGCCGCCAAGUUUGCAGAAGAGUUUUACAGUUUCCGGAGGAGGAAGACAAUCAGUGGGGGGAAGUGCCGGGGAUAUAGACGGCGUCACCGUAUAUCUUCUUUUCGGCCAGUAGAGGACAUCACUGAAGAGGACUUAGAAAAUGUUGCCCUAACUGUUCGAGAUAAAAUCUACGAUAAAGUUCUGGGUAACACUUGUCAUCAGUGUCGGCAGAAGACCACCGACACCAAGACUGUGUGUCGGAACCAGGGCUGCGGCGGGGUGCGAGGACAGUUCUGUGGGCCGUGCCUGCGGAAUCGCUACGGGGAGGACGUGCGAUCAGCCCUGCUGGACCCGAGUUGGAUGUGUCCUCCGUGCCGUGGGAUCUGCAAUUGCAGUUACUGCCGGAAGCGGGAUGGCCGCUGUGCCACAGGGAUCCUCAUUCAUCUGGCCAAGUUUUACGGUUACAAUAAUGUUAAGGAGUAUCUGGAGAGCUUACAAAAGCAGCUGGUAGAAGAUAAUUAAAAGAAGAGCCAGCCAACUCAGCGUAUUCUAACAAGACAUGCCAUAUGUACCAUUUGUGCCUAAGAUUUCUUAACAGUUGUGUUUUUAUACAGAAAUUCUUUCUAGAUCUUAAAUACUUAUUUUUUUUUAAGAUUGUUUAUAUGCUUACAAAGAUUUCUCAGGAGGACAGGUAAACACCUCAAGGAAUCGAUAUAUAUAUAUAUAUGUAUACACAGGCCUGUUUGAAUUGUUAAAAGCAUCUAUAGAUGAUUAAAAAGCACAAUUAAAGUUCAGGUAAGUUCCAGAGAAAACAUUGUAUUAGUAGCUCUGGCCUUUGACACUGUUUAAUUAUCGAUGUUGCUUUGAUCUUUUACCUCCCAAUAAGUAAUAAUUCUAGGCCAAGUUUUUACAGGGGUUAUGUCCCCUUUAGUUUGCCUUAUCCUGACCGUAGGUCAAACCACGUAGUAUAACCUGUUCUGGGUGAUUGAAAAUUUACGUUGAAGAAUGUUCCCCUAAAUUACCAAGUGCAAUUAACCACAGAACUAGAGAGUACUAGAGUUUUAUUUUUAUUAAAACUUGAAUGAACAAAAAGUGGACUGCAACAUGACCAACACUGGAGCCUCAGCACUGCUGGCUGGCAGCUGCUUCGCUCAGGAUUCACCUGCCGCCUGGGGCCAGUUGCUUCUAUAUUUUAAAAGAACAUAAGGGCUCAUUUAAAAAGAUUUUGGUUAAACAUCUACAAGAACUGAAAUGCCACUCACUGACAGGGAGACUUCCAUCCCCGUUGUUUUGGAGGUUGUGCGUCUGUUCCAUGGAACCUUGAGAACAAUGUGAGAGAUACUGUAGUUUUUAUGGGAGGGGUA